AUGAAAUUAUUCAUCGUAAUUACACUUGUUAUCUUGGCAACUACAAAUGAGACAGAAAGAAUGAAAAAAAUAUUGGAUGAGAUGCCUGAGAUUAAAGAAUCUUUAAUUGCUAAAAAACUUUUGGCUAGAGAGAUGGAAUUGGAAAGAGUUCUUGAAAUAAAAAAAGUUUCAGAAAUAAGUAGAACUUUGCUGAUUUAUUUAAGGUGAUUCCAUAUAAGAUUCCAUAUAAUUUAUAAAAGUGGCCUAGUUCACCUAUAAUAGCUCUAGCACAAAUUAUACUUAACCAAAUAUAACAUAUAAUACCACAUAUUCUAAUUAUUCAUAGCCUAACAGUUCUUCUAGUUAUUAGAAUCAAACAAAUAGUACAAAUGCUACAAAUUCAACAUAACCAAAUUAUUAUAAUACCUCAUAUCCAACCUAAAACAGCAUUAAUAAUUAUGUGACUUAUGAUAACCAAAGCUCUUUAAAUAACACAAAUUCUACAAGCAUAACAUGUUAAAUUGGAUAUUACUUGACAACAAAUUUAACCUGUUUACCUUGUUAGGCUAAUUGUGCUAUAUGUAGUUCACAAAGUAUUUGUGUUUCCUGCUAUUAUGGUUAUACUUUAUUUACAAGUUGAUGUUACUUAGAUUAUAAUACUACUUAAAAUUCUGUUAGUAAUUCAUAUGUUAUUGAUGAUACUUAUAGUAAUUCAACAUCAGCUUAUGGUACCUAAUAGAAUUAAACAUACAAUAAUUAUACAAAUCAAUCAAGAAUAAGAUAAAGAUUUGAUUAAUCAAGAGUUUAUCUUAAAUUAAGAAAUAAUUACUAUGAUAAUAACAAUUUCACUUAAAUAAUUUCUUAUUACAAUCAAUCAAAUCAUUAAUAGGAGACUGUUGUUCUAUUUAAUGAAUCUGCUGUAGUCUAAAGAUAAAUUUAAAAUGAAUAUUAUCUUUACUAAAAUAAUAGUUUAGUAAUUUUGAAUAGAGAAUUUGAUCCAUAAGGAAAUAUUGUUUAUAGAUCUAUUAAUUAUGAUUUCACUAUUGUAAUUUCUAUAUCAGAAGGAAAUUCUAAAAAAUUAAAAUAAAAUUAAGAAAUUUAUGGAACUAUUGUUUAUGGUUAUGGUAAUUUAAAUGCUUCGUACAACAAUUAAUAGGUAGAAUCAGGUUUAUAAUCUAAAAAUUAUAAUAUAUCCAAUAAUUAAAGUUAUUCAAAUGGAUGGAUGAAUUAUAAUUAGGUUAAUAAUUAAGGUUCUAUUAAAUAUCAAAACUAAAGUAAUGGAUAUUCUCAAUCAGAUUAUGCAAAUGCACACUCUGAUAUCUAAUAUAAUAAUUCUUAUUAUUAUGAAGGAAAUGUAAACUUUGAUAAUAAUUCAUCAAAUUCAAAAUCAAACUAUUCAAACUAUUAAAAAUCAUUAAAUUAUAAUAGUAGUUAUGAAAAGAUAGAUGGAAUUGGAUAUAGUAAUUCUACUUUCUAAGAAUAAAAUUCAUAAUUGAAUGGUUCUUCUUAAGCAAGUAAUUAUAAUGGAAAUAUAUCAUCUAAUUCAUAGGGUGUAAGUAACAGUUAUGUUCGUAAUGAUUAAUCUAAUAAUAUCUUUUAUCCAAAUUACGCACUGCUUAAUCAAUCUUCAAAUAUAUACAAUUAAAAUUCAAGUUACAAUAAUUCAGAAAAUUCUUAGAACAAUUAUUCCAGAUAUGAUAGUGCUGAGAAAUACUAAAGUAGAAAUUCAAUAAUUACUGAUAAUUAUAUUUAUUCACACAAUGUUUCUGAUCUUAAUUAACACUCAAAUGUUUAACAUUAAGAAACAUCAUAAUAUAAUGGAUAAAGUGAACAUGAAUUUGGUUACAAUGAUUCUACUGAUAUUUAAGGACAACUUAUCCGAGAUAAUUAUUAUAAAGUUAAUAAAAUAAAUACCACUUUUGAUGGUACAAUCAACCAAUAUAAUAAAUCGAAUGAUAAUUAUUUUGGAGAUACAAAUUCUUCAGCUUUUAAAAAUGUAGAUCUUAAAGUUACUGAUAAUUUUUCAAACUUUGCUUAAUUAAGAGGAUCAAAGAAAUUAGCAACAGGUUCAUGGAAAGAAGUCAACUAAAAAGAAUUUGAAAAUUCUAAUGGAUUAAUUGUAUAAGAAGUUAGAUAAGCUAUCACAAAUAAAUUUAAUCCUGAAUAAGAAGGAUUAUAAUUUGAUUCAAUAUCUAGCAUCUAAGAAUAAAUUGUUGCUGGAAUCAACUAUAAUAUUAAAUUGAAAUAUUUGAAUGCUAAUUCAAAAUCAAUCAUCUAUGAAGUUGUGCUUUACACAAUGUAAUUUAUUCUUUAUUAUUAAAUAGACCUUGGGCUAAUUAACCCAAUUAAUUAAUCAGCUGUUCCAGACUUGAUUAAUCAGAAAUAUGA